GCAUGUGGAUCUGCAACGGCAAAGGCUUAAGCCAUGCGUGCGCGGGGCUAGGGUCCAGACACGUCCACCAACAACACAUCACCACGGCUUCCUUCAUCACCACUUUGCUGCAUUCGUGCCCAUCUUUCGCCAUCAAAACCUGCACGAACCCUUGACCAUCUGUCAAUAUGCCACGUGACCUUCUAGCCGACAAGACCCUGGAGUCGAUGUCCCAGUUGUCAAGAGAGCCCGCUGCCGCCAGCCCUCCGCCAGAGGAGUCUAAAGCGAAUCCUUACGGCGCGUCCCUGAUUCGCGUGGAAGACCCGUUCAAGAAGACAACGAACAACAAGAUUCACCCUUUCUCUUCUUUACUGAGCGUGGACGACCUUGACGACUGCGAUUGGCUGGAGCAUGCUGCCUUCGACCCAAUUGAGGCAGCCUCACGAGAGAAGAUUGAGUACCGACUGCGAACAUGUGGUGAACUCUGCACCGGUCUUUUCUCGUCCGCCUAUCCCACCUCUGCAGGACCGCUAGGUGCCAUACAGAAGACACGCACCUUCCCUUCUGUAGACUCUCGCGACUCGGACCGAAAACGCAUCCUACUAGGCCACAUCAUCAGCACCAAGUCACCUUCCAAUCUGGUCACAGACGAUUCCAUGGACUACCCAAAGGAUUUCCGUACGAACUACCAGCUCACGCCCAGUAUUGGUCACAAUGAGGACGGCGAGACCGUAUGUCUGCAUUCACUUUGUGUGCAUCCCAAUUUUGCGAGCCAGGGGCUAGGGCAAGUGUUGUUGAAGAGCUACGUGCAGAGGAUCAAAGACUCGGGAGUAGCGAAGAGGAUUGCGCUUCUUUGCAGGGAGCGCCUGAUCGGGUUCUACGAGAAGGCUGGGUUCAAGAAGGUUGGUCCAAGCAAGUGCCAGUACGGAGGGGGCAACUGGUACGACAUGGUGGUCGAGUUCGAUGGUGGGUUUGGACAUGACGAUCAAGACUUUUGAAAACUGAAAACAA